AUUUGUUCAUAUCUACCACUCCACAUCCUCCACCUUCAAACACAUUAAUCAAAACACCACCACCAUUGCACAACGAAAGGCUUCCUGAUUUUAUACUCAUAUGAUCCUUAUAACAAACACAAGUAGUUAAAAGAAUAACAUAAAAUGAGGAAACCUUGUAAUAAUAAGCAUGAAAUGGAAACGGGUUCAUGGUCUAAGGAAGAAGAUCAGAAGCUUAUAGACUAUGUCACCUCCCAUGGUGAAGGUUGUUGGCACACCCUCCCUCAGGCUACAGGUCUACUUCGUUCCAGCACAAGCUGUAUGCAAAGAUGGUCGAUAUACUUAAAGCCUGAUCUUCAGAGAAGAGAGUUUGGUGAAGAUGAAGAUGAUCUCAUCAUCAGGCUUCACGCCCUACUGGGUAACAGGUGGUCACUUAUAGCUGGGAGACUACCAGGAAGAACAGAAGAUGAAAUCAAGAAUUACUGGAACUCACGCUUAAGCAUAAAACUUGUAAAUAUGGGUAUCGAUCCAAAUAAUCAUCGGUUAGGUCAUCAUAUCUCUAUGUCGUCCAAUAUGAGAACUGAUGAUAACGAAUCGCAGGCUGAAAAUGAUGAAGUGAACUCGGUUAUCAGUUCCGAAAGGAACUAUAACUGAAACGAGGAUUACGAAAUUAACUCCAGUCAACCUGACAAUGGAAGUUGAAACGAUGAAAUCCAUGCGAUUUAAAAGUAAAUGCGAAAUACAGUUUCCGAAGUGACUAUGAAUUAUUAUGUUGUUUGUGUUUUUAAUUACAUGUAGCAGUGUGAAAGAUCUGCGUAGAUAAAGAAGAGUAAGGUUUGUGAUAUCGUUAUAUGGUGAAGAAUACGUUAGCUAUAGAUGUUGAGCAUUAAAGCAUGCAUGUGUGCAUGUUAUUGGCCUUCACUAUCUCCAUAAAUUUAUUGCUCGGACAGGAUCUCUGUGCAGGAGUAUGC